AAACUAAAUCAAGCAGCCCUAUAUACAAGGAAAAUUAUACAUAUGUCCCAUCUGGAUUUGAGCCCCUCUCUCAUCUUUCUUCAUUCUUGAAGGACUUAGAGAGAGUAGGAACCCAAAUCUAUUGGGCAAGCAAGAAUUUAUCAAACCCUAAAAAAAAAUCAAAUGGGUGACAUUACAGACUCACACCUGCAACUGAUAAUAAGUUACUGGAUCUAUAGCCAAUAACUCGGCAACUUAUGAUACCCAGUUGAUACAAGAGCAAGUGAAUGUAAAAGAACACAAAAAGUAAAUGUAAAAGAACAAGCCUUCCAAUCUAUUAUUGUUGAUAGAUUGGAGGAAGAAAUGAAGAAAUCAAGGCUGUUUCAUUGUGGUGUAUGAUGGGAACUACAUGGGGCAAGAUGGUUUGUUGAAACAUAUAUGCAAGCUAGUGGUACAUACUUAUAAUAUGGCAUCAUUGCAUGAAAGUUUAAAUAAAUUUAAGAAGCAGCAGGAGAAGUGCCAGUCUACCCUUUCAAGCAUUGCAGCCAAAGCAGGAUCUUCUAAGGCAACAACGAAUCACAGGGCUGCAUCUGCAGGCACAUCUUCUUCAACCAAUACAAAACCACCAGCCCCAGCAGUCAAAUUUUCAAAUGAUACAGAGAGACUUCAACACAUUAAUAGCAUACGUAAAGGCCCUGUAGGAGCUCAGAUUAAACGUGUUAUAGACUUACUGUUUGAGACAAGGCAAGCCUUUACACCAGAGCAAAUAAAUGAAGCAUGUUAUGUUGACAUUAAUUCCAACAAGGCUGUCUUUGACAGUUUGAGAAAUAACCCAAAAGUGAACUAUGAUGGGAGGUGCUUCGCUUACAAGUCCAAACAUGCUCUGAAGGACAAGAAUCAACUACUCAUCCUAAUACGUAAAUUUCCAGAGGGCAUUGCUGUUAUUGAUCUCAAGGAUGCAUACCCAACUGUCAUGGAGGAUCUACAGGCUUUGAAAGCUGCUGGUCAAAUCUGGCUGUUGUCGAACUUCGACUCGCAAGAGGACAUAGCCUAUCCAAAUGACCCUCGAGUGCCAAUCAAGGUUGAUGAUGACCUGAAACUGCUAUUCCGGGGAAUUGAACUACCACGUGAUAUGAUUGACAUUGAGAAGGAUCUUCAAAAGAACGGGAUGAAGCCCGCCACAAACACUGCCAAGAGGAGGGCCAUGGCUCAGGUUCACGGCAUUGGUUCCAAGUCCAAGACCAAGAAGAAGAAGAAUGAAAUCAGCAAGAGGACUAAACUGACCAAUUCCCACCUUCCAGAGCUAUUCAAGAAACUUAGUGCUCCUGAUUCUUGAUGGUGGAUCAAGCUGUUUGGGACUCACCAUGACGCAUAUGUAAUCUUGUUUGGCCAGGAUGCUUUUUUGCACAAAUGGCCCGGGGUUUUCUAGAUUUGUGCUUGAUGUAGAUAGAAAGCAUCAUAGCACUUCAGAUUGAACCCUCUUCAUCCACAUGAAGAUAGGGUUAUUCUUAUAUUUCUCUACUAUAUUAAAGAGCUCUUCAGAAUGGGUAGAGUCUGUAGCCGGGCUCCUUAUUGUGGGUGUGAUAGUGAUUUCAGUUGCUAGAAAUCAUGCAAUUUAAGGUGUGGAGUAUGUGAUCAAAUUUUCUAUUUUGUUGUUGAGACCUGUGACAUAUUAAAGCCACAAUUCUAACGUCAUUUAUUUGGAUAACUGGCUUUGCUCUGACUAAUCCCCGAGGCUUUGUAUUUAAGAUUCUUUGUGACUUCAUUGUAUUAAUUUCAGGCUAUUCCUAAA